AUGUCGCUCCUCUGGGCACGUGAACACAACAGGGUGUGUGCCGAGCUGUCACAGAAGUGGCCGACGUGGACAGACGAAGAGCUGUAUACCAAGGCCAGGAAGAUUGUAACCGUUCAAAUGAUGAACAUAAUGAUGACCGAUAUCCUAAACGUUGAACUCAGACCGGAAGUGUACUACCAUCGAAUGGAGAACAUUCGUGGUUCCAGCAAGCCUUUUGAACUGUACUUGAUGAUGGCUGUAUCAAAUCUGCCAGAGAAAUUGCAAUACAGUUCAAGGAAUUUGACGUCCUACAAUAACGCCAGUCAAGUUUCGGAAGCAGCUUUAAAAGACUCCCUGCGAUUAAUGAUGACUUCAAAAAUGAGCAUGGUCACGGCCAACGAUGACGGCACCUUGACGGAACAGCUUACAAAGACACUUAUGAUACUCUCGAGAGAACAAUGUUUACAGAGUUUCAAUAACUAUAGAAGACGGUUAGGGCUGCCUGCUUACAAAAGCUUUUUUGAUCUCACCGGAAACGUCGAAACCGCAACAGCAUUAGAAAAAUUGUAUAGUACCGUGGAGAAGGUGGAGUUGUUAACCGGCGUGUUGACGGAAAAAUCCAGUUCCGGGGUUCUACCCACGGCCAAAGUGCUGUGUAACAGUUAUAUCGUUAACGCAAUACUGGCAAAUAGUGUCACCACCAAACACUUGUGGGCACCGGACACGUUCGGUGGAGUCGAGUUUUUUAAUAUGGUAAAGUCCACCAGUUUAGAAUCGUUGGUGUGUCGAAACAUGGACAAUUGCAAUGAGCUAAAAACCGAGUCUUUUUCAAAGUUUUCGGACCCAAUGGGAAAAGCUUCAUAUGCAAAUCUUUGGACAAAAAUCGUCAGUUUUGUGGCAGCCAUCAGUAAGUACCUAUUGAGCAUUUUCACAUAA